GAGCGAGAGGAAACGCUGGUGUUUGAGACCUGCUCGAGAAAACCCAUCUCACAUCUCCUCUCCCCGCGCCCCGGCUUGUGCUCUGCCGGGGCCCUGGAGGGCUGGGACGGGCAAGAAGGACUGGUCGGGGAGGCUCCGGGGAUGGGGCCCCCCUGACCCCGGCCCUGAGGCGGCCCACCCGCCCCCAAGGCCCUCGCCACACUUAGGCCCAGCUGGACUAUCGACAGAGAAACGCCAAUCGCUCUAUACAUUCUUCCCGCCAGGCUUGUCCUGGAGGCCUCCCCAGGACCCUGCAGGGAUGGGGCAGUGACUGGGACUGACACUCCACGGCCCCAGGCCGGGACCGGGCCCCGGGACCACCCGGCCACCACCCCGCUGUGGGCUCGGGAGCGACCAUGGCCUUCCUGCUGCGGCUGUUCCGGGCCGGGGCAGAGAAGAGGCGGGUGAAGCUCUACAGGAACGUGAGACGGGACGUGAACCCCGCCGACGCCUGGACCCUGGUCGGAGAGUUGGGGGACGGGGCUUUCGGGAAAGUGUUUAAGGCUCAGCACAAGGAGACGGGAGUCCUGGCCGCUGCCAAGGUGAUCCAGACACAGAACGAGGAGGAACUAGAGGACUAUGUGGUGGAGAUAGAUAUCCUGGCCAGCUGUGAACACCCACACAUCGUCCAGCUGCUGGAGGCCCUCUAUUGGGAAGGGGAACUCUGGAUCCUCAUCGAGUUUUGCCCCGGCGGGGCCGUGGACGCCAUUAUGCUAGAGCUGGAGAAAGGGCUGACGGAGCCCCAGAUCCGGGUGGUCUGCAAGCAGCUGCUCCGGGCCCUGGCCUACCUGCACUCCUCCAAGGUCAUCCACCGAGACCUCAAGGCUGGGAACGUCUUGCUGUCCGCCGCCGGGGACGUCAAGCUGGCCGACUUUGGUGUGUCUGCCAGGAACACCCGGACCCUGCAGCGCCGAGCAUCCUUCAUCGGCACCCCGUACUGGAUGGCACCAGAGGUGGUUCAGUGUGAGACUUCCAAGGAAGCACCCUACGACUCUAAGGCUGACAUCUGGUCGCUGGGCAUCACCCUGAUCGAGAUGGCGGAGAUGGAGCCCCCGCACCACGAGCUCAACCCCAUGAGGGUUCUCCUGAAGAUCUCCAAGGCCCAGCCGCCUACCCUGCACUCCCCGACACGGUGGUCUGAAGACUUUAAGGACUUCCUGCGCAGAUCCUUGGCUCGGGACCCAGACAGCCGGUGGUCAGCUAGUCAGCUUCUGCAGCACCCUUUCGUGUUGGAGGUAGAAGACAACCGGCCACUGAGGGAGCUCAUUGCUGAGGCCAAAGCAGAGGUGCUGGAGGAGUUUGAAGAGGAGGAGGAGCAGGAGGAAGAAGAGAAGGAGAAGGAGGCAGGCAAGGAGGAGGAGGUGCAAGUCAUUCUGCCCCACCAGGAGCACAAGAGGGCCCUGCCCAACAUGGGCGGCCACGGCUCGGAGCCAGAGAGGACCCCUGCGUCCAGGAGGUCUUCCCUGGGGGAGCCGCUGGGGAACGGUCCUCUCAGCAAGGAGGACCGGUCUCGCCCGCCGACGUGGAAGGUUCAUCCCGAGACCCAGCAAGCCACCGGAGCUGUCCUGCCCCCAGCAGACACCCAGGAGCUUCCUCGGGAAAGCCGCCCGGCAGCCCGGCCAGAGGGCCGCCCCUCCGGCCAAUCCCCCGGCCCUCAGGGGGCCGCCGACGACGAGAAGCUGGCCGCUACCCUCCAAGACCCCCCUAGGCUGAGGGCCAAAAGGGCGCCUGACUACCCGAAGCAGGCCAGGCGCAAGUCGGCUCCGACGCUCGAGGGGCAGAGGGCCUGGCCGGGGUCGAUGAGGCUGCCCGGCAAGAAGCCAGCGGACUUCCUGAAGCUUAUAAGACGACGGUCAUUCUUCGGAGGAGGGAGGCCCCAGGACCCGGUCAAGGACGACGGGCUGGGGGCCACCCGGGGCGGGCGGGGGGACCCAGAAGUCCUUCCUGGACCUCAGAAGCCUCCGCCUCUUCCAGCUGAGCAUGAUGGAACUCCGAGGGGGACGCUUGCAGAGACUCCCACCCCCGAGGCCAGGGGAGGGACAGAAUUCACCGAGCCUCAUGGGGCAAUGCUUAGCCCCUCAGAGAAGCAGGCCUGGGCAGAGGCGGGGUCUCCGGGGAGGCGAGCUUCCGUGGACUUAGAGAGGGGAGGAAGUGGGGCUGACCAGAACCUGGGAGCCGAAACCCACCAGGCCACUGACCCGCAUAACAGAGAGAGAGCCUCUCCAGCUCCAGUCCCCCGCCCCCGGCUGGGAGGUCCUCAGGAGGCCCAGGAGGGCCCCGUUCAGAACACGGGUACGGCCGGCUUGGGUGGGACAGAAGGGAGCCGGGACCCCGUGGGCCCCGAGGAAAGGCUGUCGUACCCGGACGGAGGGCCGCCAGCGGUGCCUGGACGGCCGGAUGAGAGGCUGCCCCGCGGGCCGGCACCGAGCGAGACACGGGCAGCCCUGGGGACGUCCCGACCUCCAAAUUCUGAGCAGGCGGAGGCGGGGGGUGAGAACCGGGAGAGAAGGCUAGGAGUAGCCAAAACCCAAUCCCUGGAUCUCACUCCUGUCUGCAGCCCUCGUGGAAAGGCCCCAGAGUCACCAGGAGAGUACCUGCUGGCUGCACUCGAUCUCUGCCAGGCGAUCACUGAGGUUCCGGGCCUCCGGGGCCCGGCCAGACUCUCGGGACCCAGAGCCCCCGGAGGCACGAUGGUGGCCCCGAGCUGGGCUGCGGAACCUCUGGUUCGGGCCGGGGUUCAGAGAGGAAGGUCGAGUCACGGGGGAUCCCCUUCUCUUGAUGCCCAAGCCAGGGUCCAGAUGGGACACCGUUUCACACGGUCAGAGCCAUCUGAAGAGAAGGUGCAGCUGAGAGACACCGGGGCCCGGGACCCCCGAGCAGAGGAUGAGCCGGAGCGCGCGAGGCCCAACCAGGCGGGCGAGCGGAAACCACCGCCCAGAGAGGAGGUGCCCUUUUCGGGAAAGGGAGACCUGGGCAGGACCACUGAUUUUGAACAGGAAGGUCCGAGAGGGGCAAGGGGGGAUUCCUCCCCCGGAGAGAUCCCAGCCCACGGCAAGCUGGAAGGGCCCGGGGCUGCUGUAGCCGCGAAGACUCUCACGACCCCCGAGGAGGAAGCCGAACCCCGGGACCCAGAGAGUGACCAGGGUCAGGAAGCCGGUAAAGGUGAAGAUGACUUUCGGAAUUCUACCCUGACGUUUUCCGGGCCAGCAGCUGGCGUAGCAAGAGAGGCAGAGACUCUGGCCGGUUCAGCAAAGGCGGGACCCCAAGAGCCUCUGACAGAGAAGAAGACGGUGAGCUUCUCCCAAGAGCCUCCUGGGUCUCUCGGAACGGCAAAACCCAUGAGCAACGGACAAAUGCUUAGAGAAGGUGCAACUUCUGGGAGAGACGCAGGAUCUUCAAACUCCCGGGAAGGUGAACCGCUGGAAAGAAAGGAAGAACUGGCCGCUGGUUCUGGAGAGCUCCCUGCUGCCCUUCACUUCCAAACUCCAAGGAUGCUGGCUGCAGGCAGCCUGACUCAGGACACCACCUUGCUCCGGAAAACGGUGAAGAAAACCCGCAGGUUUGUGGUGGACGGCAAGGAGGUCAGUGUGACGACCUCCAGGCCCGUGGGUGAGGCGGACCACAGCAGCGAGAAACGGCGCUCUGCUCGACGCCAGGAACUGCACGAACUCCGGCUCCUUCAGAAGGAAGAGCAGCGAGCCCAGAGCCAGCUGGACCAGAGGCACCAUCAGCAGCGGGAGCAGCUGUUCCGUCACAUUGAGCAGGAGAUGACGGGCAAGAAGCAACACUACGAUCGGGAAAUAGAGGCCCUGGAGCGGCACUACCAGUUGACCUCAGAGAGGUUGGAGGCCGAGCACAACCAGCGGGUGCGGAACGAGGUCAGGCGUCUGAAAUCCCAGCAGCAGAAGGACUUGGCCAGGCUGCUGCCCGCUCCGAAGGAGAACCGGAAGGAGCUAGGGCUCAUCCAACAGCAGCAGCAGGAGCAGCUGAACCAGGUCCUGCAGAAGCUGGCCCAGGAACACAAGAAGAAAAUGACUUCCAUUGAGUGGGAAUGCACCAGCAAGUUGCACAGCCUCAAAAGAGCCCGGGAAUCGAUCAUCUGGAAGCUGGAGCAGUCCCACCUGCAGGACAAGUAUCAGCUGUUCAAGCAGCAGGUCAAGGAGCAGUACAACUUGCAGGGACAGCAGCUGAUAAAGCGCCAGGAGAAGGAGAAGGAGCGAAUGCACAGCUUCCACCACCUCCUCCGGGACGACCUAAGGAACAGGCAGACCCAAGAAAGAAGCCAGCAGCAAAAGACUGGUCGCCUCCAAGCCAAGGAGCGCCUGACCCAGUUCAAGGAGAGCCUGAAGAGCCAGGAAAUGAGCGGCUCGGAGCACAGAGAACACAUAAAACAGUUUCUGCAACAAGAGGACGUGCGCCAGAAAGCCGAAGCUGAGGAGCAGGUGAAGCAGCACCAGGAGCAGUUGCAGGAGCUGCAGCGGCAGCUGGAGGUCAACGAGGAUGAGAUGGGGCAGAUGCAGGCUGAAAAAGUCCACCUUCUGAAAGAACAGGAAAACAAAAAACUAACAGGGCUGGACGACGAACACACCAUGGAACUGAGCGAAUGGCGAGAGAGACUAGUUACCCGCAAAGAGAUGCUGGAGGACAAACUGUCUAGCAGACUCCUACUUCGUGCCCCAGAGUCGCAGCGAGGCAGUGAAAGCAGCUGGAAGCUGUCCCGCUUCUUCUCCAUGCUCCACUAACCUCCUGGUCAGUGUCUGUGGUGAAGAUUGGACUCUCAAUCCAGCCAAGGCAUUUACUGAGUGCUCACUGCUGAGCACUGUACUAAGCACUUGGGAGAGUACAAUACUAUGGUGUUGGUAGAGAUGAUCCCUGCCCUCGAGGAACUUAGUCUAUAGUGGGAUAUAGAUAAUACGCAUCUAUUAGAUAUAUAUAUAUAUAUAUCUUUUAGAUAUAGAUUAAUAUAGAUGUAAAAAAAUAAGGGAAGCAGCAGAGUAGAAGGAUAUGUACAGAAGUGCCAGGCGGGGCGGGGGUGGAGUAAGUACUGAGUGCAUACACGAUACAGAACAGUAAUAAUAAUAAUAAACGUGGUAUUUGUUAAGCGCUUCCUACGUGCCGAGCACUGUUCUAAGCACUGG